AUGUCUUCGUCUGUGCACUUCAAAUUCAAAUCUCAAAAAGAACCCUCACGGGUAACAUUUGAUGGCACUGGAAUAUCUGUUUUUGAGCUGAAGAGAGAGAUCAUCAACCAGAGUAGAUUGGGCGAUGGGACAGACGUUGAACUGUCCAUCUAUAAUGAAGAUACCAAGGAAGAGUACGAUGAUGACACUGCCAUUAUACCUCGGUCAACGUCUGUCAUUGCUCGAAGACUUCCUGCCUCAAGGCCCGGUAAAGGUGGUGCAGCACGCUAUGUAUCUGGGAAAAUGCCAGUUAAUCCACGCAAUGCCUCUCGAAUCGAGCAGUCUACGUCGAGCCAACCAAUUCUAAAGUCCAACAAUAUUCUCAGCGCCAGCGUAUCAGAACUCAAUAAUGCUCAAACUGAAGAUGAAAAGAUCAACGCCCUUUUCAACUUGCAGGCCAAUCAAUGGAAAGAGCAACAGCAAGAGAUGGCAAAUGCUACUCCUAUACUUUCUGGUCGUGGUAGGGGAAAACCUGUUAAUGUCCCAGAUCAUCCACCUCCUCCUGGAUAUCUAUGUUACCGUUGCCGUGAGAAAGGUCAUUGGAUACAAGCCUGUCCCACAAACAACGAUCCCAAAUUUGACGGUAGGUAUCGCGUGAAGCGUUCUACUGGAAUCCCUCGUUCAUUACAAACGAAAGUCGAGAAAUCAGAAUUACCAAUACAAGAUGGUUCAACCGAGGAUCUUAAGAAUACCGGAAUCAUGGUGAACGCCGAUGGUGACUUUGUCAUUGCUAAACCUGAUAAGGCUUCUUGGGAAUUGUACCAGGAAAAGGUGAAAGCAUCUGCUGCGGCUGCAGCCGAAGCAGCCAUCACUGAAAACAACAGAGAACUACACACUCGUGGCCUACUAUGUCCAAUUGACAAGCGUUUAUAUCUGGAACCUACAAAAACACCAUGCUGUCAACAGACAUACUGUAAUGACUGUAUUACAAAUGCCUUGAUUGAAAGUGAUUUUGUCUGCCCUAAUUGUGAAACCGAAGGUGUUUUACUAGACAAUUUGUCACCUGACGACGAAGUCAUUUCUAAAAUCAAGCUCUACGAGACUGAGAAGCAGGAUAAGAAGAAGGAAAAGGAGAAGAGUGUUUUGAACCAGGACACGGAAGGUGGUAGUCAGCCACCAAAUAACGACAGCGAGGGCAAUAUAAAAAUCGACAAUGCUUCUCUAAACUCAAUUGACCAAUCCGCUCCCGCGCAAUCGAACAAAAGACCAGCAGAUGAAUAUGAAUCUAGGACUUCAAAGACCGGUGAUGAAACUGCAACUCCCCCGAUGAAAAAAAUCAAGUCUGAAGACAAGGACAAACCCGCGAUCAAUACAGAGUCUCAAAACAAUCAUCAAAUGUCUGGAUUUCAGUCCUCCCAAUUCAACUUACCGGGGCCAUUUGGAACACCUGGUUUUAUGCAAUUUCAAGGGAUGGGGAUGCCUUUCCCUGACCCUAGCUUCAUGAACGAGGGAAUGGGGUCUUUGAACCCCAUGGCGUUCCCUGCAUCCGGUCCUUUUCCGCCAAACAUGGAUCCAGCCUGGCAUCAAAUGAACGCUUUAAAUUUCCCUACCGCAGGCGGAAAUUUCAAUGGAAACGUGAACAAUGAAAUUAUGGCUGCAUACGGGCCCUCGAGUAUGUACAACACUAACGAACUUCAAACGUUACCCAUGGGAUACAUCCCCAAUAUGCAGCAAAAUACCGGGUUUCAGCAGGGUCCCGGAAUGAACAACUUUUCGAAUCAACAACGAACGGCGUUCAGUACACCAUAUAACAGAGAGGAGGAUACACCCUAUUUCCGUCAACCUGUUAAUCCGCAACGACACCAAGCUCGACAUCGAAGGGUAAGGCCGAGCGAUUACCGGGAGCUUUGA